CACCAACCAUGGGGAUGCUGGUGCACGGCUCUUUCAAACCGCAGGCCAGCAUGCGGGCCACAAUAUCGAGGUAUUAGUGACACCGCAAGUUCACUCGUUUCUCCCUCCGUAAAGGCACUCCAGACCACCGAUGUAACCAGGGCGGCAUGGUGAAGUCACUGGUGCCAUCGCUCUGGUGUCUAUCACACCAGGGCAGUAGUGAUUCUCUCCUGCCUCAGUUCGCAUAUGCAAGUCCAGUCUGCACCAGCCAAACCUCCAAACCUCCAAGUCUGCCGCACCCACGGAUAGUCCGCUCUCUAGACAUCCUUUGACCCUCCCUGGACCCGACCAUCAUCUUCUUAUAAUACAAGCUCGUCUUCCGUUCCCUAGGCCCAGCCUGCCCCUCCCUCUACCAUAUCUCUCUCUCACCACACUUCUAUAACUCACUGUGAUAUUUAUAACACACCGCGCUAGCCCACAGCCUUCUCUCACUCGCCACAUAGUAUAACAUGGAGGACGUCAGCCUUUUCCUCGACGCCCCGUCGCCAUCACACUCUUACCUCUACACUUUCGCCGACCGCGACCAAUUCCUCGACGCCAGCCGCUCAGAGACACAAAGCUCCGCAACCUCUCCCUAUGACAUGACCUUUUCACGGGAUUUUUCAAGCUCAGAUACAAUGCCGAGCCCGGACGCCGAAGGAGAGGAAGCAAGUCUGUCACCACACGACCAAGCAUCAGCAUCCAAGCCCGCCGCGAAGAGGAAGCGAGAGAACAGAUACAAGAACGCCCCGCCAUCAGUCCUAUCGCGCCGCCGAGCACAAAACCGCGCCUCCCAAAGAGCCUACCGGGAGCGCAAGGACCAGCGGAUCAAGGACCUGGAGCAGAUGCUCAACGACGCCAAGGCGCGCAACGACGUCCUCAGCCAGGCGUAUGCCGACCUGCAGGCCGAAUACCUGAAGCUCAAGGCCUCCACAGUCAGCGAGCAGCAGAUGCCCACGUCAUACCCUGCGGCAGGCCACCCGUCGGCCGGCCACCUCGGGGGCUACGUCGACCCGUCGAUGUCGGCCAUGCAUGUCGGCAGCGACCUGGACGCGUACCUGUACCCCGAAGUUGGGGGUUUCUCAAUGUGAGGGGCUUUGCGCCUCGCACAGGGACCACGAAUUCACCCCUCAUGCUAUUUUUUCAAUUGGGAUAAUUGAACAAGGAGUUUCGGUAGAUACAUACAUUGGCUACGGCCAGGGCGAUUAGCGAUGCAGGGUGGGGAUUCUUACUUUUUCUGGUCCUCCCCACGCCUCCUCGCGUCUUCGCGGCGCGGGCUGGUUGUGGUUGGGUCACCGUUGCAUUUGCGGCUUGAUGCGGCUGGGCUGAAUCUGGCAGCCACAUGCCCGAUCAUUCGCCCGCUGCACGGGCGGACCACACAUACAUACAACAUGGCUGGAGUAUCCUGGGAGGGGGCGCGUCAGGCGCAGAAAAGACCGGGGAUGGACCUGCGGUUUGCGGACAAGAAGGCGGGAAAAGGCAAAUGAAUGCACGGCGUUUGAGGCGACGGUCUUUUUCCUCUACACCUUGUUCUCAUCGGGAUUUGGGAGCUCACUGGUGGUUUUUUUUCUCUCUUUCUCUCUUCUCUGGGUAUGCUGCUGCUACAGGACUGCUUGUGGGAGUUCAUUGGACAAGGCAAGAGUUUGCGAGGGCGCAUUGGGCGGCGAUGAUUCGGGGGGAGUUUGCCCAGGCGCCGCGGACAUUGCUCUUAAGGCCCCGGCGUAAAUGUACCUCCCCUUUGGACAACCCCAAAGUUCUCGCGUAGUACGAGCGGCUUAGGCGUCUCCGUUGACUCGAUACUUAAUCAAUCGCUUGAUACCCUG